AUGGAGAACACGACCACACAUUCCUCUACGUCAGAGAGCAUCUCGAGCUCCGAGGGCACAACGAAUAACACCCCGUCACCCAAUGAAGCGAAAGACCUGGCCCUUACGGGUGAAGUCUCCCACGUUCCUGACCAGCUACAGCCCGUGAGCACUCUCUCGCCGAAACAAGACUCGGCCGAGCCCGAGAGCGGCUUGACAAAGAAUGAACACAUUGAAGUAGAGACUCCACAAGGAAACAGUGUAUCUCCAAAGACCGAAGACGCAGGAACUUCAAAAGAUGAUCCUAACCCUAUCACGGAAGACAUGUAUCUUGACCUGGAAGACGAGGAUGCGAAAUUCGAGCGGGCCACUAUCGACGACAAGAGCUACGUGACCAACUGGACAGUCGAUGAGAAUUCACUGGCUCGCAUGCCAGCCGCUCCCCAGCCCGCUCGAAUCAAAACGCGGCUUUUGUUGCAUCAACUGCAGGCUCUACAUUGGAUGCAAGGCAAAGAGCAUCCUGAAUUAUUGGAAGAUGAUUCGGAUGUGAUUCAAUUCUGGGAACCCAAGAAAGGCGGCGGAUACACCCAUAUAAUUACUGGUGCGGUUGUCGACGACGCGCCUCCCCUUUUCUCUGGCGGGAUUCUGGCAGAUGAUAUGGGCCUUGGGAAAACGUUGGAGAUGAUAGCUCUUAUACUCGCCGAGCCCGCAGAGCAGCCAACUCUGGUCGUGGCACCGUUGGGAGUCAUGAGCAACUGGGAAUCCCAAGUAGCCCGACACACAUCCCCGGAUCACAAGGUGCAAGUUGUGAGGUACCAUGGAAAGGGCUGCGAGGCCACAAUUGAAGACCUAGAGUCCUCGGCAAUCGUCAUCACUUCCUACAGUAUAUUGGCCAAGGAAACGAAACUACGGAAGGUAGCAUGGCGGCGAGUCAUCCUCGACGAGGGACACUUCAUUCGGAACCCAGGAACCCAGACGGCCAAAGCUGCCUGCAAGCUCGAAGCUAAUUCAUACUGGGUCUGUACCGGAACGCCGAUAACGAAGAGGAUGAACUUUGUCAAUCUUCGACUGCCGCCAAAGACAGAGGAAGUUGUCCGAAUCGAAUUUACCCCAGGAGAGUACCAGAUGUACAGAAAGCUUCUCGCGAGCGCACGAAAGGUCGCUGCACAUUUCUUCAGAACUGGGAAUUACGAGGUUUGGCGUACGUUGUUUGAGCGUAUCCUUCGCCUCCGUCAAAUGUGCGACCACCUGUCUCUGUGCAAGACGAAAAUCGAAAAGGACCUCAAAAAGGAACUUCUAAAGCUCGUUUCCAAGAAGGAUCCGUCCGCCUCCGAUCUCCAAGAGGCCCUACGGCUAAGUGUUGAGGCUAACGGCACCUGCGCAUCUUGCCAAGGCGCUCUCGAGCUGCAUCGGAGGCCAGUUAUGGCAUCCUGUCUCCACGUAUUUUGCGAAUUGUGCCUACAAGAGACGAUGAAAGUUGCAUUGAGAUGCCCGUCGUGUAAGAAAUCCUUCGACAAGACACGAGUGAUUCGGCUGGACGUGGAGCGUGCGUCAGCCACAAGCGAAGCAGUCAUGAAGGGCCACAGUUCCAAAACGAAGGCAUUGCUGUCGAUUCUCGAGAAACGCCUGGCUCAAAAGGGGUCGAAAAUUGUUAUCUUUUCUCAGUGGACAUCUUUCCUCGAUAUCGUUGCGAGGCAUCUACUUAGGAAUAACAUCCAAUAUAGCCGUAUCGAUGGAACCAUGUCGACGGGGGAGCGAGACAAAGGCGUUCAGUCCCUUAAGCGAGACAAGAAUGUCAAGGUUAUGCUCGCAAGCCUCCGCGUCGCUGGAGUUGGUAUCGACCUGACUGCAGCCGAUACAGCAAUCCUGGCUGAUACAUGGUGGGCGCCUGCCGUUGAAGAACAGGCCAUUGACCGCGUCCAUCGCCUUGGACAGAAGCGGUCGGUGCAAGUCUUUAGACUUGUAAUGAAGAACGCCAUUGAGGAGAAGAUUUUGAUGAAGCAGGACACCAAGAGGGAGCUGGCGGGAACGGCCCUGCAAGAGGACUUUAAGCGGUUGAUGUCUGCCGACGAUGUUAAGAGGAUGGUCAAAAUUCUUCUUGAGGAGCCCAAGCCUGAGCUCGGUGACUCAAAUUCUUCCCCCCAACCCAAUUCCCAGCCCGGCAGUUCAAAUCUUUCCCCUCAAGCCCAAGCUUGA